AUGGCGUAUGCUUCAGUCGCCCAGGCUGAGCAUGAAGCCGUAUAUCGCGAGUCCACCGCCGCCGACUCCGUCCUCCAUCAUCCGCAUUCCUACUCACCUACCCGCUCCCCAAUCCUUCCAGAAAUCUCGAGUCCACCGCUGUCCCUGCCACUGUUCGAUCAAUUCUCCCGAGAUGGCGAUCUUUCAGUUGUCUCUCAAACGGGCCCAAGUUCCGUAGGCGUGGGAUCUCUUCUUAAGUCUCUGUCUUCCUCGCAGUCGUACCAAAUGGUGGAAGAGGAUGACUAUGAGGAGCCAAUGCCCAGAUAUCCAGACCCUCUAGCACCGCGAUCGAGAAUGGACGCACAGGACACGCCUGCGUUCCAGAAAGAAGAUCCUCCAAUCAGGACAGCCUCAAUCAGCCGUCACCUGCCCUUAAACCACCCGACCCCAGAUUUGCAGUCGCUGCAAGGGGCGUUGGUCAAAAAUGUGGAACGUCUGGAAGAAAGCGCCGAGCGUCUGAGCAUGACCUCGAGCCUUGAGGAAGGGCUGAACAAGAUGAAGCAAGAUCAAAAGCGCCUGGAGCGGCAGUCCUCGGCGCCGGCGACACUGGACAACGCCCUUCGCCCAGCGGUCCAGAGACAGUACUCGACGGGUUCAUGGUCUAAUUCAAUCAUUGGCGUCAAUCAGAUGGCCAGGUUGGGAGGAUAUUCUCCUUCAGGAUACCAGAUAACAUCUCCGACUGGUUCAGUCCGCUCCGGACCCUAUCCACAUCCGCAACACGUUGAACGUCACUCUUCAAAAGGCAGUCAUCGCAGUAACGCUCUGCCGCCCUUGGAAGGCCGGCCACUGGAGUUGAGCCAAGAUCGUCGUACCUCUAUCUCCAUUUACCCUGAAGACGAAGUAGCGCCAAAUCCGUCACGUCGAGGGUCCGACGGGUCAGUUCAGGAGGAGAGGCCGACGACAUCCGCGUCCAACGACACAUAUCGUCAAGCGCAGGCCGCCUUCAAUGACUUUGAUGGCGUGCAUUACGGAGCGCCCGUGUCCUCCGAAACUGCUGCCUCCAUAUCACGACGUAUAUCUCUCAAUCACCCUCCGCUUGCACGAGACUCGAAGGCAUAUAAAGAGCCCCAGCCAGGAGAACGAAUGAUCUACUAUCCUGCCCCAGUGCCAGUCAUGUUGAAUCUCCCCCAGAGACUUUCAAAGUUCAACAUUAGUGAACGAGACAAACGUCGACUCCAGGCGCUCAGUGGCAUCCCGGAUGAUAUGCGCAAGUCGGCUGUUUGGCUCAGAGAGGAAGACAGUACCAAAUUGCAAGGUCAAAGCAAUGCACUCAGACUACCACCUCAGCUGCGGGCCAGUGCUUUUUUCGAACAGCCCAGUGUCACGCAAGACUUGCAGCUCAAGAACGGCUCAGCUGUCCAGACAUUGGACAGCAUCUUAGAUGCCGCUGCACACGCUCCUGUCUCUGCAUUCACCGAUCAUCCAAUUGCUGGCCAUCUUGGAAAGGAAGUCUAUGGUCCGGACGCCUCUCCUCGGAAGAGUAUGCAAUUAGCCGAAGGAAAGGCGAAGAAACGGCGAAGCUCCAUUAGUACGAUGCUCAAGACGAGACGGUCAAGCACUGCCCUCUCCAACUCGGGCCUGCUGCGCUCAAAAUCAAGAGACUCUCAAAAUCUAGAUGUUGAGGACCAAGCCAGUGGUGAUGAACUUGAUCGGGCGGCGGCGGAGUCGAUAGCGCCAGAUGCCGACGAGAUAUCCGAUGAAGAGGAAGACAAGAAUGUCGCCCCGCCAGGCUUUUCGACGGCGCCCACGACUCUCCUUGCCGAGCUGCAAAUGCGUAAGGAACAACAGAAAUUACGCAAUCGUACUGCCGCAGACGCCUUUCCCAAUGGCAUGCACUCGACUUUGCUUGAGCUGGAUGCUGUGACUCAGCUUCAGCAGAGAGCCCGAAAGACCAAACAUGUCACAUUGGCUUGGGAAGAUCAUGAUGAAGCGAAUAAACAAAAUUUUGAUGAUGAGGAUGUUCCUCUCGGUAUCCUGUUCCCGGAAAAGGAAAGAGCUGAGCAUGCGAAUGCCCAUAGACCAAUUGGCCUUCUAGAGAAGCGGGAAUUGGAGGAGAACGAACCUUUGAGUCAACGACGAGCAAGACUGCGAGGCGGGCCACUUCAGACCGCUAAAUCUGAGGCGAAGAGUCAGAACGAGGAUGAAAGCCGGCCGCCUUUCAUCGAGAAUGUACCGGGCCUCACCGAAGAACCUGUGCCAGAAGAUGAAGAAGAGACUCUGGCUCAGAGAGCAGCAAGGAUGAAGCUGGAGAAGGAGAAGGGCACUGGAGGCCAAUUCGCGGAAGAGCUGACUUCUCAAUUGGGUCUCAAUGUCACGAACAACGCACCCCCGCCAUCAAAGACACCGGAUGUGGAGGAAACGUUGGCGCAGAGGCGAAAGAGGCUCAAGGAGGAAGCGUCUGUCAAUCCGCAGGCCUAUCAACAGGUCAAAUCCAUGCAUAGCCUGGCCGACAUACUCCAAGCCCAUCCAGUGGGUGCCCAGUCAAAACCGGGAUUGCCUAGGAGCAAUUCGAACCAAGCAUACGCCUCGAUGCACAACUCAAGUUGGGGUUAUCCUCAACAAAACAUGGCUUUCAAUGGGUCUUACGGGUAUCCGAACAAUGCUGGGUACAUAAACGGAGGAUACGGCGCGCCGUUGCCCACCUACAUGCAACAGACAUAUCCUUACGCAUAUGGCACCCAGCCCUACAUACCAGACCCUAUGAUGGGUCCACCUUUGGAUCCCAAACAGCGAGCGCAAAUUGAUCGCUGGCGGCAGAGUAUUGUACAAUGA